AUGUCAGAACGUGAAUGUACAUCUGUCAAAGUUGCUAUCAGGGUUCGACCCUUACUUGAGAGGGAGAGGAUAAAAAGAUGUAAAGAAUGUCUGAUAGUACUUCCAAAUAAAAGCCAGUUGGCACUAGGCAAAGACCAAAACUUCACUUUCGACCAUGUGUUCGAGGAAUCCAUCAGUCAGGACAAUUUAUAUUGCGAGACUGUAAAACCCCUGGUCCUGUCAUGUCUGGAUGGUUAUAAUGCCACUGUUUUUGCUUAUGGACAGACAGGGAGCGGAAAGACCUACACAAUAGAAGGUGUUGAUUCAGAUCCAGAUCUACAGGGUAUUAUUCCUCGUGCAGCUGCAGAUUUCUUCAAUCUUAUUGAUACAUCUGAUAGUGAUAAGGACACCUUUGUGCUAAAAGUGUCCUAUCUUGAGAUAUAUUUGGACGAAGUGAGGGAUCUUCUGUCGAACACUGCAGAGGAGAUUCACAUCAGGGAGGAUGAUAGAGGGAACACAGUUAUUCAAGGUUUGAAAGAGGUGCCCGUUACAAGUAGUGACGAGUUGCAAAAGAUAAUGAGGUAUGGAAUGGCAGUUAGAACAACCGGAGCUACUCAAAUGAACGAGCAGUCGUCACGUUCACAUGCCAUUCUUACCAUUCACAUCAACAAGCAGUCUCCAAAGUCUGUGAGGAACAUUGAGGUAACAUCAGCAAAGUUUCACUUCGUUGAUCUGGCUGGUUCAGAGCGGGCACACCGAACAGGAAACAUUGGCGAGCGCUUCAAAGAGUCCGUUCACAUCAACAGUGGACUGCUAGCACUUGGAAACGUCAUAAGCGCUCUCAGUGACUCGAAACGGAAAUCAGGUCACGUACCUUACAGGGCCUCUAAGAUAACAAGGCUUUUGAAGGACUCUCUGGGAGGGAACAGCAGGACCCUCAUGAUAACAUGCGUGUCACCGUCCAGUGACUCCUUCGAGGAGACGCUCAACGCACUUAAAUACGCUAAACGCGCCAGAGACAUUCAGAACAGACCUAUUGUAAACAAGGAUGUGAUCGAGUUGGAAAUGCAGAGAAUGGAAUCAGAGAUAUUGCAGUUGAGACAGCAGUUAAAGACACGGGAGAAUAGUUCUUCUGAGGUGUCUGGAAGUGAUAUUGAGAGUCUUCAGGAGGAGAAAUCACAUUUGGAGAGUGAGCUCGACUCAUACAAACAAUUCGUGAGAUCAUGUCGAUCAGACGUGGAACGGUGCAUAUCCAAGAAAUCCACCGCUGGUCUAGCCAAACUUCUGGAAAAGAUCAAAUCACGUGAUACAAAACAGGGUGGAAGUUCCAGUGAUAUUUCAGAUGGUGUGUUUGAUGAGGAUAGUGAUGUGGUGUCACAGCUGCGGGGCGAACUUAAGAAGUGUAGGGAGGAUUUGUUGAAUGAUGAGAAGAUAUUUGCUGAUCAGCAGUUAGACUUUGAGCAGGUAAAAUCAGAGUUAAAUGAGAAGAUGUCACGCUACGAGGAUGAAAUACACAGCCUAAAAAUAGAGAUCGACAAAAUGAGAGAAGGAGUUGACGAGAAUCUGAACACAACCCUCAAAAAGAAAAGCAUCAAGAUCACCCGUACCAAACCUUGCACAUUUGAAGAAAUCGAAGAAAUAAUGAGAAAGAAAACUUUCGUAAUCUUCGAGAAAAACAUCAAGAAUUGCUUGGAAAAUACAAAACCAAGAGCUAAAUCAGAGAUGUUGGAGACGUUCACAGUUCCCCAACCCAGCAAAUGUACGAUCAAAGACCACUGUAACUUGGAAAGUAGGAUGGAAGAUUUGGUUAAAAAGAAUGAGAGUUUGGCUAACGAAGUGAAUCAGAUGAAAGACACUACUGUGAAUGUGCACGAAACAAAGAAGCAUUUGGAGAAGAAUAUUUCAACGAUUAGGAAGCAGAAGAGUGACUUAGAAAAACGAUUGAAAGAUGCAGAGAAAGACUUAUCAAAGCUGCAAGCUAAAAACAAAAAAGAAAAGUUGGUAUCCCUCGGCAGGGAUAAAAUUGGGAAGAGGAUGUCGGAAACGGCUGUAAAUACCUCCCAGUCUUCAUUUGUUCCACCUCACAAUAACGAUGAUAAGGAAAUCGAAGAAACACUAGAAAAGAUAAUGGAAGAAAGACAACGACUCCGUGUCAGGGAGGAAGAGAUUAAGCUAAGAGAACAGGCGCUGAAAGAAAAGGAGGCUAUAGAGAGUGAAAUCAAGAAGUUGAGGAGUAAAGAAGUUAGAGCCAGUCAGGGAAUGACUCUUAAGAAGCUGAGUAACGCAGAGAGACUGGAAAUGGAGAACGCGAAGAUGGAGGAGAGACUGAGAACUCUGAGGAAAACAAUAGAGAAGGAGAAGGAGGAGAGGAGUAACUGUACUAGCCUGUGGAAAUCAGGACAGACGGGAGCUAUUACUAAUUUCGCAAAAGAGCACAGCAGUAAGAACAAGAGUGCUGGUAUUAAACUCGGUGAUAAGAAGAUUAAAGUUAAAUUUCUUACUCCUGUGGUAGAGAAAGGAGAAUCCCGAGAGAAACAGCGUAAAGCAGCCCCACGUGUCUCCACACCCCACAACUCUAGCACCACAGCUGGCUCAUCUUGGGCAGAACCACAAACAUCCCACCAAGGUCCCGCUGAAUCUCAGCGCUCUGAAGCACCGCACUCUGAAGCGCUGCACGCAGAUGCGCCUCACACAGAAACACACAGUUUUGAGAUGCAGAGAAUGCCCCGUGAGAGCAUGGCGUGGAGUGAAGUGGGGGAGAUGGAGGGGUUACAGAGACAAGCUAGCAUUGUGGGACCAGUGUGUGGUCAGUGUGAGCUAAACGGCGCUCAGAUGAAUUGCAUGGAAUGUGGUGAGAAAUACUGCACGGAAUGUUUUGCAAUGUUCCACAAAAAAGGAGCCCUAAAAUCACAUACCUCCCGACCUCUUACUAGACAAGCCAACUUGGCUUUAAACAGUGGUCCUGCAAGACAAGUCAAAAUUGAAGAGCCGAUACAAGAAAAUUCUCUCUGGGGAGAUUAUGAUGAAGAUGCAUCAGCUGCAGGAUUUAUGGACGCAGUCAAAGCAUGGCGGGGCGAAGAAGUAACAACAAAUAGUACUGGCAACCAACAAACCGGUGUUGCUGGGAAGACUACGGACGGUUCACAAACAGCCAAGGGCGCUAUUCCUGAUAUAAACUUCUCAGAAAACGAGAACGUGUCAUACUUUGAGCGGAUGCUGUUGAAGAAACAGAAAGAGACAGUAGAAGAUGACAUUAUUGACAGUGAAGCUAAAAGUGAAUACAGUGCAGGAGAGAUAACUGUGUCACAACUCGACUUUUGUAGAGAUCUGUUGGCUCACAACAUUGAAGAAGAUCGCAAAUCUAGGAUGGAGGCUGAACGACCAGAGAGUACUAUUGAAAUUGUGGAAGUUAAUUCCAACAUUGGGUAUUUAGAAGAGAUAUCAAGUUGUGUAGUUGAAGAGUCGCCAGUUUGCUCUGACGAUGAGGAUGAUGUUAGAGUUCAAAUGAAGAUGGGAAGAGCACUUCUGUCCACGGUGAAGAUUGAGGAGUAUUCUCCGCGGGGCACUGAUAACCCAACUACUGCUGGAAUCUUCCAACAUAACGGUUUCAUGCUGAUAGAACCUGUAGACGACCCCAUCCCAGAAACGGCCUCACCCUUCAACCCGGACCUUGCCGAACAGCUAAUCCGUGAAAGUGUGACAUCCAUCCGUGGCAACGCGCCAACAAUCACAACACCACGUGCGCGCAGCAUAACUCCACGUGCAACUACUCCCUCACGUUCCCACCCCGGACCUCAGGACCGGAUAGUAUCUGGAGAGACCAGGAUAUCAUCUCCAAACAUGAUGUCAUCUUCAGGCCGGGUAACGUCUCCAGGAAGGAUCUCAUCGCCUCAGCUGCAGGAGAGACCAUACACUCCCCCUAAAGUUGAUAGAUCUCACGAUCAGCCCCUGUCUGUUAGAAGUUCAUUUAACCGAUCUGGAAGGAACUACACCGAAUCUACCCGCUCACCCCUCAUCCGGCGCAUGCCUACCAAUCCUGAGUAA